AUGUGUGCGGCAAAAAUCGCCGCGCGACCCAGGUGGAUGGCCGACCGUGCAAGCAAGCUCACCUCUGUCUUCCCUGUUUCUCGGCGAGACUGCUUUUCACAUUCACAUUGCGAUGAGGUGAGCCAGAGACGAAAUCAGCACAUCGACGAUCUCAAAGGAACGACUCGGAUGGGCGACGUUGGCGAUUCCAUACCGCGCGAUCUGGCAAGCACGAGGAAUCUUGGUUCAUGCUUGUUGUCGCUGAAUGCAAAUCUUUGCUACGGUGUCAUGCGGUCGCGAGCACAAGUGCCGUGGCUGACAUUCUCGCACGGUCAGCCCGAAUCACGAUUGCACAGCAUGCAUGCUGCAAUCUGUGUCGCAAUCUUCCUUGUCACUUUCAGCUGA